UUACAGUACCCAGGUGUGGCAACCAGUAUAGAAAGUGACAUUAACAAUUUAAUGACUGUCUUGAAGAUCUGGGAUUUGUUUCCAAAAGGUGUGUACAUUGAUGACCUGAUGAGAGUCACAAAGAGAGAAUUAAACUGGGAGGUUGAUUAUGAAAGAGAGGCCAAAUGUAGCAUAAAAUUCAAAGAGUUACUAAAGGACCACCCGUUAUUAGAGGUUCCUGCUGUGGUACCUGAGCUGAGCUCUAGGCAGGUGUUAACCACAGAGUUUGUGGAGGGUAUACCACUGGAUCAGUGUACUGAACUAGAUCAAGAAACCAGAGACCAGAUAUGCACAGAAAUUUUAGACCUCUGUUUGACAGAAUUAUUUGAUUGGAAAUUUAUGCAAACUGAUCCAAACUGGGCCAACUUCUUCUACAACCCAGACACUGGAAAGCUGAUCCUAUUAGACUUUGGAGCCAGUAGGAGUUUCUCUGCUCGGUUUGUGGAUGAUUACAUACGGAUUAUAAAGUCAGCAUCAGAAGGGGACAGAGAGGGCGUGAAACAUUGGUCCGUGGAGUGUGGCUUUCUCACCGGAUACGAAACAAAGACUAUGGAGACUGCUCAUAUAGAUGCUGUCAUGAUUCUAGGAGAAGCCAUGGCUAAGGAUGAAAAGUUUGAUUUCGGGACCCAAAGUGCAACCAUGCGUAUCUUUAACCUUGUUCCAGUGAUGGCUAAACAUAGACUUACACCUCCGCCCCAUGAGACAUACUCUCUUCAUCGAAAAAUGUCCGGGUCUUUCUUAAUAUGUACUAAACUCAAUGGCAAAGUCAACUGUAAACGAUUGUUUGACAACAUUUUUGCCCGAUAUGAAUUUGGAAAGGAAUGUGAAUUCUGGCAGGACUAGAUCUUUUCGGAUAUAUUAUUUUUCAAAGCAUGAAUGGAUAUUUAUUAUUGAUUGACUGCUAUU